AUGGACUCAAACCAGCCCAACGCCAAAAUACCUCUUCCUGCUUUCCUCAAGCUCUUGACAUCUAACAAUGUACCCAUUCCUAAAGCUAUGGCCAUUGCUGGCAAAGUAUACAAGCAAUACAAUACCCAUUCGACGCUCUCCCAGUUGAACGAUUUUAAGCUGAAAGCUGCUGGGUUGGAUAGUCAAGAGGAACGUAAGAUAGUUAUGAAUGUGCUGCGUAAAGAGGGCUAUAUAUCCGCACCCAAGUCUUUGCCAAAGAUCCAGUUGUCGCCUGCAGCAGAAGCAUCUGGUAGUCAUUUGUCUUCUAGCAAAACCUCUCCUUCGUGUAGACCGAGCACUGUUUCUCGAAUGUCCACGCCCACCAAAAGAAAGAGGAAGAGACCUGAAGAGAUAAACGAAUUUCUACCCAAUGGGCCUGAGGACGAGACAGAGCCUCCAGCAGGGCUGAGUUUCAACGAAGUGAUGGAUGAAGAGAACUUGAAAGGCAAGUCUGCCAUCAUCAACAGAGCGCCGGUUAUGAUGUCAUGGGCAAUGGUCGUCGCCGAACGAUUACACUUUUCACGAGAGGAGGCUUUGAGUAUCGCUUCGGUCUACACCGAAUUAAACGCGGUUUCAAAAGGUGUAUCUCUGGGUAUCUACGCGAAAGACAACGAAAAAGGCAAGGAAGCAUCAAAAUCCGAUUCACAACCUUACGUUGAUUUAAUGGGACGUCGGCCAUUAUACCGGACCCAAGCGGGCCAUUGGCGCGCUCUAUCCAAUGGAAGUCCUGUCGCACCUGGAACUGCCUUCUCUUACAUUUCACGUUCAUUCCGGCAGACUACUCCGUUUAUAAUCGGAGCGAUGAAGAUGCUAGCAGAUAGCUACGCACCGGAAGAACUGAACGCAAGGGCGUGGUCAUUAUACGCCGAAUUUCGCCCAGAGGUUAAUGAAUGGGGAAAACGGUCAGAAGUCCAGUGUAUGAAAAUUUUGCACCUGCGCAAGGAACGACCGAUGGAAUCCAAUCGCAGUGCAUUGCAGACAGAAAAGCCUGCCGUCAGUGAUGAUUUGUCGCAUUCAAAACCGCAUGUGCAGAAGAAAAUAAAACGUCUCACAUGGGAAGAGUACGAAGCGUCACUCGACCAGGAUGUGAUAUAUGACGAUGUUAACUUGGAUUUUCCAUCAAUAUCUAAGAAGAAAUGCGAAAACGUAUAG